AUGGGCGCGGGCGAGAGCAAGGCGGCGGCGUCCGCGUCCGCGCCCGCGAGCGCGAGCGCGGGGGACGACCCUCCCGCGCCCGCGCCGAAGCAGGGGACCUGGGAAGCGGUCCGCGCGUCGGCUCCCGGGACGUCGUCGUCGUCGUCGUGGUCGCGGAUGAAGCGCGCGAUGGGGGACGUCGUUUUUCGUGCGAAUGCGAAAGCGAAGAGCGACGACGACGCGACCGCGGCCGCGAGCGAGCGCGACGACGACGCGUGGGACGGCGAGCUCGAGGGCGACUACGCGCGCGCGCCGCCGCGAGGGAGCCACGAGACGUACCUCUCGUCGCCGACGUUCCUGCACGAGCGAAUACUCGCGUUUCAGUACGAGGGCGACCGGCGCGAGGAUGAGGACGCGGACGCGACGGACGACGACGAUCCCGAGGACGCCGCGUCGCGCGAGCGCGCCGAGGUGGACGCCCUGGACGUCUCCCGGACGCUGUUCCUGGACGACGACGACGACGGAUACGUCAACGCGCUCGAGGACGCCGCGGACGUCAUCGCGGAGCUGCGCGGCGGCGACGACGACGACGACGGGAAUCUGAAUGCCAACGACGCCGACGCGAACGACGCCGACGACGCCAGAGUGAUGCUCGUCAACGUGAGCGACCGGAAACUCCUUCACCCGGAGCUGUACCACAUGUUCGACGCGCACGGCGCCGUGCGCGAGCACGAGUGCGACUGGGAGUGGCCGCGGCGCGCGGAGGUGCUCCCCAUGGCGACGCUGUUGGAGAUAUGCGCGGAGACGCACGCGUGGCUGUCGGAGUCGAAAUCAAAUCUCGUGUGUCUCCACGCGAGAGGGGGCGUCGGGUGCGGCGCCGCGCGCAUGCUGCGUUUCGUCGCCGCGUCGUAUCUGUGCUACGCCGGCGUGCACGACGACGUCGUGGACGCGUUCGACGCGCUCGCGUCGCCGCCGCCGUCGCGCGCGUGGGCGUGGUCGAGUCUCGGCGGCGGCGGCGGAGCCGGCGGCGUUCCGCGUUCUUCGCCGCGAGAGGCGGACGGCGGGAGCGCGCCCGGGACGCCGACGGGAGGCGGCGGGGAUCGAACCGGCGGCGGGCGCGAGUUGUUCUUCUCCGCGGAAGACCGAGCGAUGGCGGCGGCGGCGACGAACGCGCCGCCGUCGCACGGAGGGUACGGCCUCACGCGCGGCGGCGGCGGCGGCGGCGGCGGCGCGGCGUCGUCGGCGUCGGCGGCGAAUAUCAGGAAUAACGGCCGCGCGUCGAGCGUUACUCACGCGGCGUAUCAACCGCCGCCGAGCGGCAGCGCGACGUCCACGUGCGCGCAGCGUCGAUACGCGCACUGGCUGUUGAUGACCUCGCGCGGCGCGUUCGGUCCGGCGGCGCGCGCGGGUCGAGGGAAAGCGAUGACGCUCAGAGCCGUCGUCGCGUCGGCGGCGCCGCCGCUCGACGGUCGAGGCGGAUGCCGGUUGUACGCGCUCGUGCACGCGCGCGGGGAGCUGAUCGGCGUCGGCGGCGUCGGCGUCGGCGGCGUCGCGCCGAGGCGCCGCGCUGCGGGAGGCGGGGCGAUCGAGUUGACGCUCCGAGACGUCUCCGGCGGCGGCGGCGGCGGCGACUCCGAAGGCGUCGACGCCGGCGUCGCCGUCCGAGGCGACGUCGCGGUGUCGCUGUGCCACUGGACCGGCGUCCGCGCGAAGGACGCGCGCGAGCCGGUCGCGGUCUUCGCGUUUCACACCGGGUUCGUCGAGCCCGGCGAGCACCGCGCGACGUUGAGGCAGUUGGACGUCUCCGACGCGCAUCGGAGGAAAAUUCCGGAAAACUUUUACGUCGACGUGCGCCUCGAGCUCGACGCCGACGCGCCGCUCGAGCUCGGCGACCAGCCCGGCGACGGCGACGGGGUCGGGGGCAUUGGGAUCGACGACGCGUUCGGAUGCGAAUCGUCGCUUGCGUUUGGACGCGAACCGUCGUCGUCGCCACCGGGACUGCGAGGCGUGUGCUGGGACGUGACGCCCCCCGAGAGGGCGAGGCGAGGGACGUGGUGGACCGACGUCGACGGCGCGUUCGGCGCCGGCGGCGUGUCGCUGCCGCCGCACCAGGAGGACGCGCUGCGGGAGGCGUUCGCGGCGUCUCCGAAACGGCUUGUCUCGCGGCCGUUACUUCGACUCGCGAAGACGACGACGAGGCGAGCGACGGAAGCCGCGGCGGCGCCUCGCCCGCCGCCCGCGUCCCCCCCCCCGCGGCCUUCGUUCGUGUCGCUCGCGCGCGAGACGAUCGUCGUCGCGGUGACGCGCAAACUCCGCGUCGACGUCGCCGCCGCCGCGACCGCGGUCGCGAUCGGCGACCCGGAGCGCUCGCUGUCCUUGGACGAGCUCCGCGCGCUCCUUCGCGCGGCGCCGACGGAGGACGAGUCUGCCGCCGUCGCCGCCGCUGAAUUCGUCAACGACGCCGCGUUCUUCCACGCCAUGACGCCCGCGGAGCGCGCGCUUCAGACGCUCGCCGCGGUCCCGCGUCUGAAACCCAAGCUCCGGACGCUGUGUUUCGCGCGGUACUACUUCGAGCGCGCGGUCGAGGACGUGGAGCUCGCACUGCGCGACGUCGCGGCGGCGUGCGAGUGCGUGAGGAGGAGCGCGGCGGCGAAGAACGGCGCGUUGCGCGUCGUCCUCGCCACCGCGCUCGCGUGCGGGAACGCACUGAACGAGGGCAACGCGCGCGGGGGCGCGACCGGCUUUUCCUUGGACUCGCUCCACAAGCUCGCGGACGUCAAGGCGAAGACGCCGCGAGCGGGAGGGGGAAGAAGCGAGACGCUGUUAGAUUUCGUCGUCGCCGCGGCGGACGAGCGCGUCGUCGGCGAAGGCGAGGCGGACGUCGAGGCCGUCGCCGCGCUCGCGCCGUCGCUGACGCGCGACCUCGCGGCGUGCGAGCGCGGGGGCGCGUGCCCCACGUUCGACGACAUCGCGGACGCGCUGGGGCGGAUCGAGGGAGGGAUCGCGAUGGCGACGCGAGAGGCGGACGCGGCGGCGGCGGCGGCGGCGGCGGCGGGGGGCGGCGGAAACGGCGGCGGCGGCGGCGAGUUGGCGUACGCGGGAGCGCUGCGCGCGUUCGUCGCGCGCGCGUCGCCGCGCGUCGCCGCGCUGCGAGACGACGCGGUUCGCGCGGACGCGGUGUACAGAGCGCUGUGUCUCUACGUCGGCGAGGGAGACGGCGAGAGCGGCGUCGCGGCGCCGCCGGCGCCGGCGCGUCCGCCGAGCGACAUUUUCGGGUCGGUCUGGGCGUUCGCGCGCGCCGUGGACGCGUCCAGGGCGCGGCGCGUCGCGCUCGAGAAGCGCCGCGCGCUCGAGGCGUCGGUCGCGGCGAACGCACGGGACGACUCGGAGGACGAGCUCGAAUCGCCGGCCGCGCGGCGUAGUAAUACACUAGCAGCAGACGACGAAUUAGCGGCGUACUCGUGGUAA